UCGAAUUCUGAUUGGGUUUUCGCAGGGAGGUGGGUGGUUACAGGGCGGAGCUUCCGAUAACAACACUCCGAGCUGGAGCUGAGGCUGUUUGUUGCUGCGCCGCCACCGCCCGAGUCCUAGUCUGCGCUCUUCUCGGGCUCUUAGCAGCAGCCCUCGCCGCCUUUCAUCUCUGGCUUCGCUUGCUCCUUCUCUUCCUGCUGAACCACUUUCCUCCUAGCGCUAUGACCGUCGUCUCCGUCCCGCAGCGGGAGCCGCUGGUCCUGGGCGGCCGCCUCGGGCCCCUAGGCUUUUCCGCCCGCGGUUACUUCGGGGCCCUCCCGAUGGUAACCUCGGCUCCGCCGCCUCUACCUCGGAUUCCGGACCCCCGGGCACUUCCCCCCACCCUCUUCCUCCCUCACUUCCUAAGCAGGGACGGUCCGUGUCUGACCCCUCAGCCUCGCGCCCCAGCACCUUUGCCCAACUGCAGUCUCGCCCCGGCGGGGGGCACCCCUCGGGCCGCACCAAAGAAGCGGCGAAAGAAGAAGGUGCGGGCCAGCCCGGCGGGGCAGCUGCCCAGUCGCUUCCACCAGUACCAGCAGCACCGGCCGAGCCUGGAGAGCGGGCGGAGCCCCUCAACGGGCCGGAGCGGAGCGCAGGAAGUCCCGAACCAGGCCGCCGCCGCGGCCCCGGGUCCUGCAACUGCAACCCCAACUGAGGAAGAGAACCUUUUCCGUGUUCCGCUGCCUCCCGCGACGCCUGGCCAGCCCUCGUUUAGAAAAGAGGUUUUAAAAUCAAACAUGGGAAAAUCGGAGAAAAUCACCGUUCCCCAUGGGCAGCUUGUUCAUGGUAUGCACUUAUGUGAACAGCCAAAGAUAAACAGACAGAAAAGCAAAUAUAACUUACCACUAACCAAGAUCACCUCUGCAAAAAGAAAUGAAAACAACUUUUGGCAGGAUUCUGUUUCACCUGAUAUAAUUCAAAAGCAGGAAAAAAAGCCUUUUAAAAAUACUGAGAACAUUAAAAAAAAGCAUUUGAAGAAAUCAGCGCUUCUAACUGAAGUGAACCAAAAGGAAAAUUAUGCUGGGGCAAAGUUUAGUGAUCCACCUUCUCCUAGUGUUCUUCCAAAGCCGCCUAGUCACUGGAUGGGAAGCACUAUUGAAAAUUCCAACCAAAAUAGGGAAUUGAUGGCAGUACAUUUAAAAACUCUCCUAAAAGUUCAAACUUAGAUCUCAAGUUUCAGUAUGUAUGUAAAACAUAGUUUUUCCAAAAUCCCUGGAUUCUUGAAAAUUGGUACAGAAAUGGAAAUAUGCCUUGUAACCUACAAGGGCAAAAGAUGAGUUUUAAAAAUUACAAACAGCUUGUAUUAUAUUUUAUAUUUUGUAAAUACUGUAUACCAUGUAUUAUGUGUAUAUUGUUGAUACUUGAGAGGUACAUUAUAGUUUUGUUAUGAAAGUAUGUAUUUUGCCCUGCCCAAAUGGUAGGUGUUUUGUAUAUAUACAAUGAGAAAUUUUAAGUGUGUGCUAAGGCACAUGGAAGACCAAUUUAUUUGCACAAGGUACCGAGAGAUUUUUCAAGAAACAGCUGGCGAAUCUCAAGGUGAAGAUCUAAAUGUGAACAGUUUACUAAUGCACUACUGAAAUUUAAAUCUGUGGCACAAUCAUUGUAAACAGGGGUUUGCCUUUCUCUUUAAAUUGAUUUCUGCCUUCUAAUCUGUAAUUACUGCAAAACUCCUAUUCUCACUUUUAACAAACUUAAUUUCUGGUUUUUGGUUUAUAACCAUAUCCAAAUUUAAAAGACCUCUAAUUUUAAUGCCAACAAAAUCGGUUGUAAUCAAAUUUUCAAAUAAUAAUUUGGCCUCCUCCCCCACUUUUUAAACUAGUCUUGACUCUGUGUGUGUGCCUGUGUUCCAUGUUUGAAUGUGUGACUAGGAGGUGGAUUUUCACUUUCACUUUACUAGCUAAAUGUCUUUAGCUUUAUACUAAUUGUCCAUCCUCCAUCUGGAGUUUAGAGGGACCAAUAAUUUCACACUAGUACCUCUUAGGGGAGGAACUCCCCAUCUUACAAACAGAAAUGGUUGUGGUCAAAAGUAAAUCUGAUUCGUUUAUAACUUAGAAUAUAUGUAUGGUUUCAUAAAGUACUAUUUGACUUGA